GGGAGGGGCAUUUAACGGUGGAGGCUGGUUCUGCGCCGGAUCCGGGAGCUGGGCGGACGCCAUUGUGCUUCGUGGUCUGCUGCUCUGCCUCAGGUAGAGGCCUAGAACUCCGAGGAGGAAGGCGGCGGUGUGAUCGCUGGGAGCGGGACAAACCCUGUUCAGUGCCAGGAAACAUUAAGAAUGGAGUCUAAACCUUCAAGGAUUCCAAGAAGAAUUUCUGUUCAACCCGCUAGCUCUUUAAGUGCUAGGUUGAUGUCUGGAAGCAGAGGAAGUGGUUUAAAUGAUACCUAUCACUCAAGGGACUCUUCCUUUAGACUGGAUUCUGAAUAUCAGUCUGCAUCAGCAGCUGCGUCACCAUUUCAACCUACAUGGUAUAGUGAGUCUGAGAUAACUCAGGGAGCACGCUCAAGAUCACAAAACCAGCAACGGGAUCAUGAUUCAAAAAGACCUAAACUUUCUUGUACAAACUGUACAUCUACCUCAACUGGAAGAAGUAUUGGCCAUGGUUUAAAUGCAGUAUCAGAUUCUACUUGGAGGCAUAGUCAAGUUCCCAGAUCUUCAUCAGUGGUACUUGGAUCAUUUGGAACUGACUUGAUGAGAGAGAGGAGAACAGAUUCCUCCAUUAGUAAUCUUGCGGAUUAUAGUCACCGAAGUGGUGAUUUCACAACUUCAUCAUAUGUUCAAGACAGAGUUCCUUCUUCAUAUUCACAAGGAGCAAGACCAAAAGAGAACUCACUGAGCACUUUACAACUGAGUACAUCAUCUACUAACCACCAAAUGCCUUCUGAACAUCAAACCAUUCCAUGUUCUAGGGACUCGGCUAGAAAUUCUUUAAGAUCAAAUUUUUCUUCAAGAGAAUUAGAAUCUCCCCAAAGCAGUAUGCAGCCUGGAUUUUCUUAUACUUCAAAUAGAGGUGAACCCUCAACUAUAGGCAGUUCAGAUAGGAUUAACUCAUCUCACAGAUCAUUUCAAGAAUCUUCUGACAAUGAAGGUAGACGCACAACAAGGAGAUUGCUGUCACGUAUAGCUUCUAGUAUGUCAUCUACUUUUUUUUCACGAAGGUCUAAUCAAGAAUCCUUGAAUACAAGGUCAUUGAGUUCUGAAAAUUCUUAUGUUUCACCAAGAAUCUUGACAGGUUCUCAGUCUCGUGGUAAUGCAGCAUCAGCUUCUGAUAUCCCUGAUAAUAGGGCAUCCGAAGCUUCUCAGGGAUUUCGAUUUCUUCGGCGAAGAUGGGGUUUGUCAUCUCUUAGCCAAAAUCAUAACUCUGAGCCAGAUUCCCAAAAUUUUAACCAAGAAUCUGAAGGUAGAAAUACAGGACCAUGGUUAUCUUCCUCACUUAGAAAUAGAUGCACACCUUUGUUCUCUAGAAGGAGGCGAGAGGGACGAGAUGAAUCUUCAAGGAUAUCUACCUCUGAUAUACCAUCUAGAUCUCAUCAUCUUUUUAGAAGAGAAUCAAAUGAAGUGGUUCACCUUGAAGCACAGAGUGAUCCCCUUGGGGCUAGUGCCAGCAGACCACAAGCAUCUGCAGCACCAAGCAGUGUUGGUACAGGUGACUCCCCAUCAGAUUCAACUCGUAGUGGACGAAGUACAGGAAUAACAGGGAUCCUUCCUGGUUCCUUAUUUCGAUUUGCAGUGCCCCCAGCACUUGGAAAUAAUUUGACUGACAAUGUUAUGAUCACUGUAGAUAUUAUUCCUUCAGGGUGGAGUUCAUCUGAUGGAAAAAAUGAUAAAACUAAAAAUGUACCUUCAAGAGACCCAGAAAGACUACAGAAAAUAAAAGAGAGCCUCCUUUUAGAGGACUCCGAAGAAGAAGAAGGUGAUUUAUGUAGAAUUUGUCAGAUGGCAGCUGCAUCAUCCUCUAACUUGCUGAUAGAGCCAUGCAAGUGCACCGGAAGUUUACAGUAUGUCCACCAGGAGUGUAUGAAGAAAUGGUUACAGGCCAAAAUUAACUCUGGUUCUUCACUAGAGGCUGUAACCACCUGUGAACUCUGUAAAGAGAAGUUGCAGCUUAACCUGGAGGAUUUUGAUAUUCAUGAACUACAUAGAGCUCGUGCAAAUGAACAAGCUGAGUAUGAAUUUAUCAGCUCUGGUCUCUACCUAGUUGUGUUAUUGCACUUGUGCGAACAAAGCUUUUCUGAUAUGAUUGGAAAUACGAAUGAACCAAGCACACGUGUCCGAUUUAUUAACCUUGCAAGAACUCUUCAGGCACAUAUGGAAGAUCUCGAAACUUCAGAAGAUGAUUCUGAAGAAGAUGGAGACCAUAACAGAACAUUUGAUAUUGCCUAACUGCAAAUAGGACAAAUGGAUGAUCUGUGAACAGGCGUUAUUAAAACUGGCAAUUACGUAUGAGUGAAUUUUGUGGGGAAAUGUCUGUUGAAUAUAUUCUCUCUAUAGAAUGAAUAUAUAUAUAUUCAUAUAUACACAUUAUGCAUGUAUAUAUAUGUUCAUUCUCAAGUGUUACUGAAUUAAAAUUCUGCUGGACCUUUAACAUGGCCAGUGAAUCUAAUGUUUAUAAACUGGUAAUUAAAAGUAUUUUUCUUUUAAUGAGUGGGGAAAGUGUUACCCUUGUUUUAAAUAAGCAAUGUUGACAGCCCUUUUUUGUGUUCUGAUUACUGUAGUUAUAUUUAUGAAGAAAGGUUGGUGUUUUGGUCUGUUAGUGGUAAAAGUGGGGCAAAAUAGGAUUUCAAAAUAAAUUGCCAGAUGGCACCUAAGUAUUUUUAUUUUUAAAAUGCCUUAAGUUGCAGUUUCAGUUUUAUAAUCAUUUGCUUCCAGUGUUUAAAAAAAAAUAGGGAGAAAGUUAAGAGCAUUAUAUUAGGUUUCCAAAUUUAAUUUGAAUUCUAAAUUCACUUAGCAGUAAAAUCUAAUUUUCUAAAAAAGUAUAUAAAAAUAAAGUGUACAAAUGAUGGAUAAAUUUUUGUAUUGAUUUGGAAAAUGCAGAUUAUAUUUGAUAGACCAUAGUAUGUAGUAUGUAGAUAUUCCUCUUAGGAAUAUUGCAGCUGUAAAUUAUAUCAGAAUUGCUAGCCAAAUGCUGUUUGUUUAAAAAAAAAAAUUAUUGCAAUCUCAAGUUAAUGAGAUACUUUUAAGGCCCACAUUCAGAGUCUAAAACACUGGUUUUCAAUGUGUUUUUUAGUGUUGUCACUUCUUUAUAGAUAAGUAAGAUAUAAAUAACCUGUUUGGAUCCUGGUUGUUUUUAACUGUUCCUUGGUAAUUCUAAACCUUUAUUUGAUGACCUAAUAUUUUUCACUACCUUUAGAGAAGAGAUGAACAUCACCUAUUCACCAUGACUAGAUUAACACUGUGGUCCUGAGUUGUGUAUACAUCCAUAACACUGUAUAUUUUCUUCAUCAGCACCCUUAGGAUACACUUUAAAAUGCCUUCAGGUGGUUUCAGGUUAAAUAAAGUCUAUGUCAGACUACUUUUUCAGAAUCUAAAUAGAAACUAUGUAAUUUCCCAAAUGUGAAUCAACAGUUUGCUCACUUUCAGACUGUUGGUCUUAAUGUAAAACUUUGGCUUGAAAUAAAGUGCAUACUGAUU